AUGGUGGGUGAUGAGCCGGUGGAUGAGGCCGAAUCCCGGCGACGUCGCUUCGAAUCGACCGAUUCUGGCGUCGCCUGCGUCAAGGAGAUGGUCGCUGACGGUGACGUCAUCGUAGAGCCGGACAGGGACUUGGGAGGGCGGAUGACCGUCGAGCAGGGCGUCGUCGCUCGCGGCGACCUGUCCGACUCGGGCUCUGCGAGGCCGGAGCUGGAGCAGCUCGCGAGGACGGAGGCUGGAAUCGGAGACCCGGACAUGCUGCCCAUCGCCACCAUCAGGCUGAAGGGCCAAGGUCUGCAAAGAAAGUUUGGAUGA